ACCCCUACUAGAAACUGGAACAUAAAGAAGAGUUGCUUUGGGUGAAGGAUGCUCAGAGACACUAUGAAGUCCUGGAGUGACAGCCAGUCAGACCUCUAUAGCAGCGACCAAGAAGAGGAAGAACAGAUGAUUUUUGGGGAAAAUGAAGAUGAUUUGGAAGAGAUGAUGGAUUUAAGUGACUUGCCUACCUCACUCUUUGCUUGCAGUGUUCAUGAAGCUGUGUUUGAGGUACAGGAAGAAAAGGAAAGAUUUGAAGCACUUUUCACUGCCUACGAUAAUCAAGUUACAUUCCAGUUGUUUAAAAGCUUUAGAAGAGUAAGGAUAAACUUCAGCAACCCAGAGGCAGCAGCAAGAGCACGGAUAGAGCUGCAUGAAACAGACUUCAGUGGAAAAAAGCUGAAGCUGUACUUUGCACAGGUACAGGUAUCCAGUGAAAUAGGUGACAAGUCCUACCUCCUUCCUCCACAACCUGUUAAACAGUUCCUGAUCUCCCCACCUGCAUCUCCACCAGUUGGAUGGAAACAGAGUGAAGAUGCAACUCCCCUGAUAAACUAUGACUUGCUUUGUGCUGUCUCCAAGCUGGGACCAGGGGAAAAGUACGAGCUUCAUGCAGGAACAGAAUCAACUCCCAGUGUAGUCGUCCAUGUCUGUGAAAGUGAGACAGAAGAGGAAGAUGAAAUUAAGAACCCCAAACAGAAGAUCAUGCAGACAAGGCGUCCAGAGCCACCUGCAACAAUACUGAGUGAACCUAAAGCAUUUGAUUGUACUCUGGAGGUAGGGGGUACUAUGCACUGUUAAACUGUGUGAUGCUCAAGGUAGUAUCAAAAAUCAGACACUUACUGAGUACAUGUGUUGAUGUCUGUGCUGCUGCUAUAUGUUAUGUAUAGCGACAACAGAUUUUACUUGUAGUUGUAUCUCAUGUUCAAGGUUUUGGAUGCCAAUGCUCUGACAAGCACUUUAAUUUUAGGGACUAGUCCCCCAACUGUAGCAAAUCCACCUGACUUGAAAUAGUGAAAAAUAGGAAAUCUGGUUGUGUGUUGUUUCGUUUUUAAGAUGUUAUCCUUUUCUUUAUAUUGUACGGUGUGAUGUACCAAGUGCUGAAAAUAUCUAUCUCACUGUCACAAUUGGGUUCAAGGAAGUUCUGCUCUGUACUGGUACAACAGCUUCCAGUCGAUACAGUGUUAAAUGCAAAUGAAACGUACUCUUUUAUGCUAAAAUUCCUUCCCGGCUAGUAAUGUGAGGUGGAGAUUAAUCUUUGCCUUUCUCAGAAAUGCCAAGUAUGUGUUUUUAAUUUGACAUGAGGCACAAAUACACGUAUGGAAAUAAAUUCAAGUAGUUUUGCUAACUACACAGAGAAGAAUAUGGGAGGAAGAAGCACAGAUGGGUGGGAAGUGUCGCCAGUGCUGCUGCUGCUGCUGCCAGGUAUGAUGGUUUGCACUGACAUCUGAGGAGUGAAUGACACUACACGGAGAGAAAUGUGGAUCCAGCUGCUGAAUGUGUUGUCUCUGAUCCUCUCUGAAGACACGGUAACAUUUGUUCUCCACAGUCCUAGAGGUGGCCUACAUUUAUAAGUAAAUCCAGUGACUGUUAUGUUGUGACUAAAUUAGGAAAUAAAACAUCUAGGGUUAAUUUUUUAACUUGUUCUAAACGUUUUCAGUCUGUUUUGUAUGGUUUCAGACAAUCAGUUGCCUGGCCUAGCCAGUUUUUAUGCAGUUUCUGCCCUCGUUUGCUGUUUUUCAUUCAGGCUUUUUCUGUGUGGCAUCCUGUCUGUCUGACAGAGCAUCUGCCUCUGCUUUGAGACCAGGGUGCAUCUUUUAAAUUUAGAUCUUUAAUUUUGUGAUCUUGUGUUUUAGUAGGAGGAAGAUAGGCCUCAGUAUAAUGACACAGGCUCCUAUGCUUUAUGCUAUUUUAUAACCAACCUUUUUUAGUCUAGACAGAUUCUUUUUUCUAUUUAAAAAUGAAUAAAGUCAUUUGUGAAUAAACCAGGCUGCUGAUGUUCAUAUAGAGAGAAAUCAUUCACAGAUCGGCCCUUUUCAGAUUCAUUGUGGUGUGUUUCAAGUCUACAUGAUGUGCUUAUUGACUUUGUUGGCACUUGAUUGGUGGUGGAGGGGAAAGGUACUGGUCAGGAAUAUGCGUGGGGUCGGAGUUUUCAGCUUUGUAUGGUGCCGGCUCAUGAUCCGUUCCUGCCGCCAGCUUCCAGCUGUAAACUGGGAUCCUGCAGGCAGGUCCUCGUGCCAGAGGCAGGAAUAGUAGAUAUUAAAAAGGUAGGAAAAUGGGUCUUGCUCAUCUUGCCUCCAUAGGCAUGGUAUUUAUGUAUAUCUUCAGGUAUUAAAGUCACUCAAAGUACAACUCUGUCUCACUGUUCCACGUUACUUAAAAAAACACUCCAAAUCCAACCAAAAAACUUGCAUUGUCCAUCAGGCUUGGGUAUUUUUAAGGUUCCAGAAGUCUGUCUGGAUUUUCUGUGGUGUUUAUGUUUUGUUGUUAGUUGUUUAAUUUCUACCCCGUUGUAGAGGUUGCUGUGAGUAGAAAUAAGUGGAAACCCUUCAGAAACAGUUUUGUAAGGCAAAUCAAGCCAGCGAUGUUGUCAAUGUAUCUUGUGUAAGAUGUGUAACAACUUGCAUUCCAACAUCUUUCAUUGUGUAAAGACACUUACAAUAAAAGCAAUGCAGUGCCAUUCA